GUCCCACUCAGACGUCUGCAUUUCCGGUAUCUAGAGCCGGCUGCCCUCUAAAAAUCCCCCUGUUACAGUCGGGAUAGAAAACAAAAAGCCUAAUUUACCAGGAGGCUUAACAGAUUGUGCCUUCUUAGGCAAAUGUUCCACCUGCUUGGCCAAUUAGCUUCCUCUCCCGAAAGACUCGUUCAACAGGUUUCCCUUUUCUCUUCUCUGCCUCCUGGGUUGGGGAAAGAGGCUGUCACUUCGCUUCGACCCUCCCCUUCCCUCCCUCUCGGCUCUUCCACACUGGGUCGGACCAAUCGCGCCCGCUCCGACGUGUCCAGGUCCGCGGCCCCGGGAGCUUGGCGCGGCCCGGCCUGGAUGCGCUGGGCGGAGGGUGCAGGGGAGGGCACGGCGCCGCUUGCUUGGCCUGCGCACCCGGACCUAGAAGCCGGGACGAGCCGGGGGAGAGCCAGGCGCGCGGAAGUCUGAAGGUGCCCUCCAGACACGGCCCCGAUGACUGAACUACAGCAAGAUGUGGAAGACACAAAGCCUGCGAAAGUGCUCGGGAAGAGGGAGAGCAAACUUGGCUCAGCCCACUCAGAGGCUGAGAAUGGUGUGGAGGAGAAAAAGAAAGCCUGCAGGUCGCCAACAGCCCAAUCCCCUACCCCAUCUGUGGAGGCCGAGUCCCCAGACCAGAAGAAAAUCAUUAGCCUACGGUCAAAAUCCAGUUUUGAUGGUGCCUCUUUAGCAAGUGAUAAGAACGACUGUAAAACAGAAAGCAAAAAUGACCCUAAGACUGAAAGAAAAAAGUCUUCAUCUUCCAGCCAGUACAAGGCCAAUAUGCACUUUCACAAGUUGUUUCUUAGUGUCCCAACGGAGGAACCACUGAAGCAAAGCUUUACCUGUGCUCUACAGAAAGAAAUACUAUACCAAGGAAAGCUCUUUGUAUCAGAAAACUGGAUUUGUUUUCAUUCCAAAGUCUUUGGAAAAGACACAAAGAUCUCUAUUCCAGCUUUCUCGGUAACCCUAAUAAAGAAAACCAAAACUGCUCUUCUAGUGCCAAACGCCCUGAUCAUAGCAACAGUCACAGACAGGUACAUAUUUGUCUCCUUACUCUCCAGAGAUUCAACUUACAAAUUACUAAAAUCUGUGUGUGGACACUUAGAAAAUACAAGUGUUGGUAACAGUCCCAAUCCAUCUUCUGCUGAAAACAGUUUCCGCGCAGACCGCCCUUCAUCUCUGCCUCUGGAUUUCAAUGAUGAAUUCUCAGAUCUGGAUGGAGUGGUUCAACAAAGAAGGCAAGACAUGGAAGGAUACAGCAGUUCUGGUUCUCAAACUCCUGAAUCUGAGAACUCUCGAGUUAAAAAUCAGGAAUGGAAUCUGGAGAAAGGAUGCCUUGAGAGUUGGAGGGAGAAGAAUUGCCCAUGUGAUUUCCAUGUGACAGAAUCCCAAACAGUUCUGAAUGUCUCCAAGGGAGAAGCAAAGCCAACUCGGGCAGAUGCCCAUGUGAACAGAGUACCUGAAGGAAAAGCCAAGAGUCUGCCUGCGCAGGGUCUGUCAGAAACUGUUGGAAUCUUACAUAAAGUCAAGUCUCAGAAAUGUCCGAUGCUUCACCAUAUUCUUAUAUUCUAUGCAAUUGUUGUCUGUGCACUAAUCAUCUCGACCUUCUACAUGAGAUACAGAAUUAAUACUCUGGAGGAGCAGCUGGGGUUACUAACCUCCAUUGUGGACACCCAUAAUACUGAACAGGCAGCACCAUCUGGCCUGGGGUCACAAGUACAAUUCAAUGUGGAGGUUCUCUGUCAAGAGCUUACAGCUAACAUAGUGAAAUUAGAAAAGAUACAAAAUAACUUACAGAAGUUGCUUGAGAAUGGUGACUGAUCGACCAGAUUGCUUGGGCCAUUGGAAUACCUCAUGUUUCCCUUUGAAGAAGGUGCUUCCUGAGGCGUUUUGUUUGAGUGCGCCCUGCUGGUCAGAGGCGCAAGCAGAUGAGAAUCCAGACAUCGCAUGUGGAGGUCUCCAGCUCAGGAAAGUGGGGAGGGAAAUAAUUUUGGUUCUUGUGCAAUAAAAGUUGACCUUGACUCUCUGAGGAAGAUUUUGCUGCUUUUGCCUGAAGAAAACAGACCCAUCUCUGGAGGUCUCAGGAAGGGCCCAGCGAACACACUCUCUUGGAUAAUUACCAUGAUGGCGUCAGCAAACACUCCACCCUGUGCCUUUUUAGUCCUUCCCGCCCUCCUGCCUCUCCCUUACACCCCUCUUAAUGACUUUCAAACUAAAGGAUACAUCAUAUACUGACAAACUCAAUGUGGUCCUUUCAAGAAUUAGCUAUGAGUCUCAAAAAGGCAAUAAAUGGCUCUAAGUGGACAGGUUUGCUUCAAACAAGUAACAUCUACAUUUUGUCUUUUUUUUUUUUUUUUUUUUUUCAGUUCUCCUGUUAUGUUCUGGUUUAAAUCACCUGUGUGUCUUAAUUUCUCAAUUCCUUUUUGGCAAGAAUAUCAAGCAAGGUGGAUUUAACAUUACGUUUAUGUUUUGUUUUGUUGCUGUAACUAAUAGUUAAUUGGACUGAUUCUUACCCAGCCCUGGUUAAGAAUCUGUGAGGCAUGUGACUGAAGUACUAAAUUAAACUUAUUUUGAAACCAAACCUAAUUUUUAAGCCAAAAGGUGUAAUAGUGAUUUAAUACAGGAUGAAAAACACUGAAUUUUUAAGACUAUAGGUGGACUAUGUUAGUAGUUUUCAAACAGGAUGUCUGUAUUCAGCAUUCAAUAAUGCUAAAAUCCAUUUCAGCAUGAAAUUUGUAUGUUUUUAUCCUUUGCUGACUAAAAUAAAAUAACUGGUGGUUUGCUAACUAUUUACCAUAUGGGUUGGCUGGUUUUUAUUAAUAAUUGUUUAGGGUAUCAUAAGAUCUGUAAGUACAAAGGAUAUUCUGUUUCUAUCUGCAAUGCAUUUGAUAAUCAUUUCUAUGAAAUGUAUUUUAUUUAAUCAGAUAAGCUAAUAAGCGAAUUGGUUACAUCGUUUGUAUCUGUUGGCCUAGUGGACAGCUGUGCCUGGUGCACCUCUGGCUUUUAAUAAAUACUCAUUGGUUGAAA